AUGAGGUAUCAGAGUGUGGCAUCUAUUGCCCUCGCGGCCCUGAGCGUCAGCACCGUUUCUGCGAUCCCUCUUAAGCCUGAUGGAGAUGGCUACUGCCCAGCAGGAUAUUCGCCGAGCGUAUCCUAUAUCACUGUCACUGUGGAGCCCACUCAUGUUGUUGAGCCAACUUCCUCUGUCACUUCAGAGCCCUCCUCGACCGUCUCAACCACCUCAACUACGUCGAGUACUGAAACUUCUUCAACCACGGAAGAAGCAGUUGCUACCGUAGGCGCCAUUGAGACCAUACCGGCUGCCUUUCUCGAAGAGUCUUCUAGCACCGAAUCAACUGGUUCCCCUCCCUCAACCCUGUCCAUCGUAGAAUCAGCACCGACUCAAGUUGCCGUCGUCCAGUCUACAACCACAACCACCCAGUCUGCCUCCAAGACAGCAGCAGGCACCGCAUCGGACGCAUCCGCUUCGUCCACUGAGAGCGCAGCCACCACCACUUCCGGCAAAGCCACCUUCUACGGCGGUAAUCUCUCUGGCGGAGCCUGCUCGUUCAGUGAUUACACCAUUCCCUCGCAUUUAUUCGGCACUGCCUUCUCUGGCGAGGCCUGGGACAACGCCGCAGAAUGCGGUGCUUGCGUUUCCGUCACCGGCCCCAGUGGUAACUCUAUCAAGGCUAUGAUCGUCGACGAAUGCCCCGAAUGCGCCUCCAGCGACCUCGAUCUCUUCGAGUCCGCCUUCACCGAACUCGGCUCCGCAUCCAAAGGGAUUCUCCCCAUCUCAUGGAACUUCACGCCCUGCUCUAUUACUUCACCGCUGAUCCUCAAAAACAAAGAGGGCACGUCGGCCUACUGGUUCUCGAUGCAGGUGGUCAACGCGAAUGAAGCUGUGGCUUCGCUUGAGGUUAGCACGGAUAACGGAUCCACCUGGCAAAAGACUACGCGGAGCGAGUAUAACUUCUUCGAGAAUGAUUCGGGGUUUGGUUCGGAGAACGUGGAUGUUAGGGUUACGGGUGCUAGUGGGAGUAGUGUUGUUGUGAAGAACGUGGGGGUUAGUUCUGGGAAGAGCGUCACUGCGGAUGAGAAUCUCUGA